AUGGCCGGGGCCCUCCCAGCCAGGGUUUGCCUCUGCCAUCUCAUAUGCUCAGUCUGGGGGGAAGGAGAGCGAGAGGACAAAUGGCAGCCAGCGAGGAAGAGAAGAGAUAACUGGAAAGCCAAGGCCAUCAUCAUUUUAUCCUUUGGCGGCAAGAAGACUGCGGAUCGUACCUCGUCACGACAACAUCUGAGGUCUUAUGCUGAAUUUAUCCGUGCCGUUUCUCCAAAUCCUUCACACAUUGUUUUCCUCUGUCACCCACGUUUAGUUGCGAUUAAACGUGGGAAUGAACAGUUAAGUUCGGACUUCAAGUCAAGCGCAGAGACAGAUUAUUAA